AUGAAUACGGUUUUGGUAGUGGAUGACCUCAAAUUCGUUCUCACAAAGGAAUGUCCUCUAGCCCUUGGACACAACGCAUCACGAAGUGUUCGUGAUGCUUAUAAGAGGUGGACCAAGGCCAAUGAUAAGGCAAAGAUCUAUAUUUUGGCAUGCUUAUCUGAAGUUCUGGCCAAAAAGCAUAAGACCAUGAUCACUGCAUGCCAGAUCAUUGAAUCAUUGUGUGAUAUGUUUAGAAAACCAUCCUCACAAGCCAUGUAUGAUGCUCUUAAGUUCAUCUUCAGUGCGCGAAUGUUUGAAGGAUUGUCUAUUAGGGAACAUGUCCUUAACAUGAUGAACCAUUUCAAUAUUGCUAAAAUGAAUGGAAGUCUCAUAAAUGAGCCCAGUCAGAUGAGCUCUAUCAUGCAAUCGCUGUCGGACAAUUUUCUGUAA